AUGCCUGAGAAGAAAUUCAAAUUCUUCACAGGUCUUACCCAGUAUCAUUUCAAUGUACUAUUUGAUUUAAUUGGAGGAGAAGAGGGUAUUAGGCAAAUCACAUAUGUUUAUGGACAGAAGACUCCACGUAGAACAUUAGACCACAGGAAGUUUUCAUCUAAAAACAGGUUGUUUAUGAUGCUGAUCAGGAUGAGGAGAGGUGUUCCUAUCAUAGACUUGGCACACAUUUUUGGGAUUGGAAAAACACAAUGUGGUGUUAUUUGCUAUGCCAUGAUAAGAGUUACAUAUGAGUACUUGUAUUUACUGCAGCCUCACAUGUUCAUGAGUGCUGAACAACAAAAGAAAAAUAUGCCUCUACCAUUCAUGCGAUUCAAGAACCUUCGUGUCAUCAUAGAUUGUCAGCAGGGCAACACCUUCUCUAGUUAUAAGCACGGCAAUACUGAAAAGUAUUUGAUUGGCACCUCCGGCUACGGUUCAGUAAUUUUUUGUAGUGAUGGCUUUGAAGGCAACAAAUCAGACAAGGAAAUUCUGAAAGCAUCCGGCAUUAUGAACUACCUGGAAAAAGGAGAUAGUGUCAUGGCUGACAGAGGGUUCAAUGUCAAGACAGAACUUGCCGAAAUAGGUGUGAAUCUUAUUAAACCACCGGACUUCAAGAAAAAAAGACAAUGCCUAAACCCUCAAGAAGAAAUUCUCACCAAAGACACUGCAACAGCUAGAAUUUAUGUGGAACAUGUUAUGAAAUCAAUCAAGGACUGGCGCAUCUUAAGGAAUACAGUUCCCAUGUCAGUGCAUGACAUAUUGCCUGAUAUGGAGCACAUUGUUGCUUGGGGAGGUUAA